UUUGAACGUAGUGGUUAUAUUCUCUUUAGUCAGUUUUAUUACAAUACACCUAUUUAAUUAUUGACCAUACAAAAAUAGCAUUAAUAUUCAAAAUUGAGGAAUAUAUAUUUAGGAUUUGAACCCGGGACCUGUGUCAGUGUGAUAAUUAAUAUAAUAUGACAAUUUUAUAUACAUGUCCAUGUGGAGACUGUUAGUCGGUUCACUAAGUCUGACCAUCAAUUUCAUGAAAGCUACUUCGCGAAUCUUAUAGAGAGGACGCCUCAUCAAUUUCAACGACGAUUUCCCGAAGUUACUUUUCAAAUAGUCUGUAUGCGACUUAUUUACUUGUAAAAAUGUAGGUAAACUUUGUAAUAUAUCUGUACUUUAAAGAUAGAUUUUGUUAACAUUAACGGGAUUUCCCUUCCCUAACAUAAUAAUUUAUCAUACCUACCUAUUAUAACAAUAUUAUCUAUACAUUUUAUACGUAAGUGUUUAAAGAAUAUUGUAUUGUUGUAUAUAUUAUAUUAUAUCUAAGUAUUCAGUGUUUUUAAGUUUGUUACAUGUAUGUUUAAAGUGGUGUAACGGUUUUUAAAAUGAUACGCAAUAACAAACAUCCACUGGAUAGUGGUCUACAAAACAUAAAUCUAGAUACUAUUUUUAAGAUGCAAAAUGAUUUAGAACCAUAUGAUAUUAUAUCAUUAGUUUUUCUAUUGUAUGAGGUGCCUGAAACUGCAUUGCAACGAUUACUUGUUUAUCAAAGAUCAUCAAAGAAUGUGGAAAACGACAAUAUCAGUUUAUUAUUAAAUUGGGUUACUCACUCACAGAAUCGCCCUACAUGGAAAUAUGAGCUUCUGGAAGCCUUGUGUAUCUGCCGACUUUAUCGCAUCAUUAAAAGAUUAGGCUUUGAUGUUGAUGUUGUGAAACAACACUAUCACCCAAAUAAUAUAUUAAUCACAAGCAAUGUGCAUCCUGGAAAAAAGUUGCUUUAUCGAUUAUGUGAGAAUAUAACAGCAGAGAAUUUAGAUAAACUUAAGAAAUCUUUACUAUCUUUUGAUAUAGAUACAAUAGAAUAUGAAAGCUGUGAAUUAAUAUUUCUUGAGUUAAUGUCUAGAAAGUUAAUUAUUUUACCCCAGCCUCAUAAUUUACAUGAAAACAAAGUUGACUUUGGCUGCCUGCCUGAGAUACUUAAACGAUUUCCGGAGUUAAAUGAUUACACUUCCUAUCUCAUUGACAUGCAAGAUUCUUUUGACUAUGACAAUGCCAUUGGGCACUCAAACACAAAUAUUAAUGUGACAAAAAAAUCACAGUUGGUAAUAGAAAAAUCAACAUGUGAAAAGGAGAGCAAUGAUGCAUUUGAUUUACUAAAUCAAUUGGUUGAUGAAAAUAUUUCAUAUGAAUUCAAAUCAGAUAAUAUAGAAAAUUAUAAGGAUGCAUACUCAAUCAAAAAUACAGAAAGGGUGGGUGUAUGCUGUAUUAUUAAUCAGAAUGAGUUCUAUCCAUUAAAACAGAGCAUUGAAAAUAAAAUGAUCACAAAUCUAGAAACCCGCCAUGGCUCCACUAAAGAUAAAAAUGCUUUAGAAAAAAUCAUGAAAUUACUUAAUUUUGAGGUCAAAUCUGCUACAAAUUUAGACCAUAAGCAGAUGUUUACAUUUAUAAGAGAUGUUAUCAAAGAUUUUGUCAUAGAAGAUGACAGUAUCUUUAUUUUAUGUGUUUUGUCACAUGGUGUAAGGGGCUGUAUCUUUACUGCAGACUCAGUUCAAGUAAAAAUUGAAGAUAUACAAAAACUGCUAGAUUCAGAUAUUGGUGAAAAGUUGCAUGGAAAACCUAAAGUUCUUAUAGUCCAGGCCUGUCAAGUUGAUGUGGAGCCUGAAAACAACAGAAAUAGAUUUGUUGCAGAUGGCCCUUCAACAACUGAGUUUCUUAGAAAAUCAGAUUUCCUAAUUUACUGGGCGACAGCGCCUGAAUAUAAGGCCUAUAGAAAUGAAGAGGCAGGCUCUAUAUUUAUUCAAAUUUUAUGCAUAAUGCUCAAAAAGUUAGCAAACAAGGAACAUUUAUAUGACAUAUUUACUAAAGUGACACAUAUUGUAACAAAAAUCUGUACUAAGAUACAAAAGGCACAAGUACCAAUAUUUGAAUCUACACUAAGAAAAAAACUGUAUUUGAAAAUGAAUUGACCACUGUGCCAAGGCUAUGAAUAAGAUUAAUGUGUCGUAACAGCUAAACCUUCUCGGUUAUUGUAGUAACACAAUGUCUUCCCAUUCAUAGACUAAAAUAAAAAAGUGCUAAUGGACAAAUUUUUAGAUUUAGUCAUUGACAUACUAUAAACAACUAGACUCACAAUCACACUUUUAAUAGGAGGCUUUGAAUACACUCCCAUUCUUGUUGUUUAUUAUAUGUCAAUGGAUGGAUCUAAAAAAACAAAUUGCUUACUAGCCCUAGGCUAGAUUGUAAAGAAAACAAUAAAAAGUAUUAUUGUAAAAUAUCUGUCUAGGAUAAUACAUAUACUUAGAUAAAACUUUUUAGUAAUUUAGCUGGUAACUAGAUAUUGGUAAGCUUUGAUGUUUGAUAACCAGGCUGAAGAUAAAAGUGUAGUGAUCAAGAAAGAUGUCCAAUUACUGGUAAAAACAUUUCUUGUUUACAAUUUGAAUUAAGAAUAUUUUUACUCAGUAAAUGCAGUUUCAGGUUUGCUUGAUCAGAAAUGAAAUGAAAUGAAAUGAUUUAUUUGUAUGAAUCGUGGUAACAUAGUUGUUAACAAUAAAUUGGUGUACUGCACAAUUCGCCAAUAUAUCAGCAGAAAAAAGUUUAAUACUUGUUUACAAUAAUUUACUGCUUUUUAUUGAUAAUAUUAGGUGCUAAUAUUUUAGAUGCCUUCUAGUGUUCUUACCAUUCUUACUUUGUAUAUUUACUAAUGUAUGUGAAUCCAAAAGAUGUGUAUAAUAAUAUGUAUUAUCUUGUGCUUUUGAGUAAUGGAUUUCAUUCUCAAAUGUAGUAGGGAACAGAAUGUGGGUUAAUCUAUCCGUUAGCCAGAUUUUAAAAAUUGAACAAUUGAUAGAUUGCUAUUAGAUAUUGCUUUUAUACUCUCAUAAUAAUUACAGUGAUAAUUUAUGUAAAUCUUCUAGAGGUUGUUUUGGUAACUAAUUUACUUCAUCACAUUUUGUUUGAGACUGAUAGGUCUACUCAUAAUUAUCCAUAUUAUUUAAUAAUCCUUUAUUGCUGCUAUUUACAGUAUAUUAUAAAAUAUUUUAAUUCACAUAAGCAUCCUCCAGCUUCUUCCAUAUAUUCUUUGCUUUCCAAAUAGCACUUGUUUUUAUAAUACUGUAUUGCCUUCCCACAACUUUCUGCCCUCAUCAUCUUCAUCUUGUGGUUGGUAGUUAUUACAAUUUUGUCUAGUUUUUCCUGCUGUCUCUUCUCAUAGUUCUGGCCAUCACCAUUAGAGCUGUCUUAUUUCUGUAAAUGACCACCACUUUGUUAUGAGACUUAUUUCACCUGCUCUUUAACAGUCUGUCAGUGUAUCAUGCUUCUUGCUCUGUUGAAUCUGAUAGGUGGUACUAUAAUAAAACAAGAAAUUCUAACCUCAAUAUUUGUUGACAUAGAAGUAGUUAGAUUGACAUUUUUAUUUUAUAUACUCAAUUCUAAAUACCCUGUUAUUUCCUACAAAAUAAUGUUGGAACUUUAUAAUUUAUUACUUAAUCAUAUAAAUUUGUGGAAAAAGCAAUGAACAUGAUCAUUUUAAAAGUAUAUUUAUCAAAUAAUAAUGUAAAAUCAUUUUAUAAUAAUAAUACCAUUUUGUACUUUAUUGUAUACUUACUUAUAAUAUAAUUAUAAUUUUAAAA